CUCCGGUCCAGCGCAAACUGGACUUUCGCUCCGCUUUGUUCCUCACUGACCCCUGGCGUUUGCACCCCCAAUUCGCAAGGCCCUGACCCAUGUUUUCGUUUGCCAGAAAAUUGAAGGACCGCCUCGACGGCGGCCGCCACGAGCAAGACCCGUAUUUCCACCACAACCUCGCCAUCAACAACGGCGGCUACGGCCUCCGGAUUCUCCACGUGGCGCCCGACUCGCCAGCGCAUGUCUUGCAGCUAGAAAGCUGGUUCGACUACAUUGUGGGGCUCGACGGGCACGCCUUGCCCAUGAAACACCCGCUCCCCCAGGCGUCGUAUAGCGUUGGCGACGACGGGCUGUUGCACUACGGAGCGGCCUCCGGCGCCGCGUCUGCGCACGCUGGCGCGGUCGACGUGGACCGUGUGGCGCAGCAUUUUGCGCUGGCGGCCCGCGGGCCCGCGCGAACGGUGUCGUUGCAGAUCUGGAGCGCCAAGGGCGGCGCCAUGCGCCACGUGUCUUUCCCCCUCCCGCCGCCGGCCGGGGCCGCGGACCUGCCCGGCGCGUUUGCGGUGCCUGGCAGUGCGUUUGUCGGGCUUGGCGUCACGCUCGCGCCGCAGCACGUUUCCACGGCCACCCACGUGUGGCGCAUCUUGAGCACCCACGCCCUGUCGCCAGCAUUCCAGGCCCAGCUCGUGCCCUACUCCGACUACAUCAUCGGCUGCGACUCGGCGUUCUCGUCGGACCAAGCCGGAAAGGGUCUCUUGGCCGGUGGCGGUGAGCAGCUCUUGGGAUCCGCUCUCCUGGCCUACUACACGCGACACCACGCCACGCUCCAGGAAGACCGCAUCCCCGUGGUGCUCUACGUAUACAACCACGACUUUGAUGUCGUGCGGCCCGUGACCGUGCACUUGUCCUGCGCCUGGGCCCCGGGCGCGAACUGCGGCGUUCUAGGCUGCGACGUCGGCUACGGGCUCCUCCACCGGCUUCCAGAGGUGCCGGGAAAGUAUGGCCACCUGGCCGGGCAGGACGUGUGUGUCGUUCCACGCAACGCGCCAUCGCAGCCCUCUGGCCAUCCUGGCACGCACACGGCGGGCCCCGCCUUGACGGAUCCCGCCCUCCAAGACCCGGCCCCAGGCACAGUGUCCUUCGCCGGGCCUCAAACUGGCCAUGCAAAACUGCCCGUAAAGGGCAAGCCGUCCGACCGCUACGCGCCGCCGCUCGACCGCUAUGCACCGCCACCCAAGGCGGAGUCUGCUUUGCUGCCGGACGCGACCGGUGCCACACCAGAGAGAACUUCACACGCAUCCGAACAUGACCGUCAAGGGCUGCACACACAAGGCCAGCUCGAGCCAGAGGGGCCGCAAGCGAGCAUGCUCGUCGGUGGCUCUGUUUCCGGGACACCAAUCGGCUCGGCUCUGGGGAACCUCGGCCACACUCUACCGGAGCCUGCGGCUGGAAAGGACAUUGAGGGGGAGCAUGAAACUGAGGAUAAAGUGGCCGCCGCUGGAGUGGCCGACGCUGGAGUGACUAAUGCUGAUGUGACUAAUGCUGAUGUAACCGACGCUGGAGUGACUAAUGCUGAUGUGACCGAGGCUGAAGUGUCCGGGGCUGAAGUGACCGGGGCUGGAGUGACACACUCACUUAAAGAAACCGAGUGUGGAAAUGAGAUUGAGAUUGACACGCCUGAGCUUCUCCACCCUGACGCCCAGAAGCCUAAUGCCAAUGAGCCCGGCGCUGCAAAUACAGAGGCGUAUGGGCCCCAACUGGAUGAAUUCAAGCUCGGGCUCGAAAACAAGGACAACAUGCAUAUUCAGACCUCGGCCGCUUCUCAUGCUCCCACCGAAAAUGAGAAUAAAGAAGAGACAGGGCUUGUAGCCAGCGUUCAAACCGCCAAUGAAAGCUCAAAUAGCCAAGAGCGCUCGUCUCCUGAUUCUUCUGUUAAAUGCCCACCCGCGGGUAUUCAACACCCACAGGCAGAAUCUCAAAAGGGGGACCCCGCUUCUUUUGUCUCGGACAAUGAGUUUUUGUGUACCCCGGCGAGUGUCGGAGAAACGCAAGACUCUGGAAGAAUUGGGCACGGACACAUUGCCACCGGAGGCAAUGCCGCGCUGACUAACGAGCCGACUCUCGAUGAAAACAUCAAAGUCGAGCUCACACAAAUUAUAUCUGGCCUGAUAUCCGAAACCGAUCCCAAUGGAAACAUGCAGAGAUCUGCGGAGGAAGCACCAGAAUUUCCCUCCUCGUCGGGGCCAGAAACCAGCGUGAAAACUCGUGUCAUCAACAACAUUGAUUCUUUACUUGAUGAAGAUGUUGAUUUUUUGGAUCAACCCGAGGACAUUUCACACAUGAAUGCCGUUUCUGCACAAGGGCUCCCAGAUACAUGCGCCCAGCCUCCCCUCUCGCCAACAGCAAAGCAUCAAGAACCUGAGUCAUCAGAGGCAGUGCACCAAAGGCAAACAUUAAUCAACGCAGAAAUCACAGAGCCAGAAAACCCAAAAGUUGAUUCUCUGAUGUGUGAAAUACCAUUGACGGAUUAUAGACCCGAAAACCCUUUAGCUGCAAACGGAACAGAUUCUCCCCUCUCCCCAAAAUUCUCCGCUCCACCUUUACAAGCUACCACAAUGUUCUUGCCCAUGAGUUCCAAAUUUCCGCUUAGUCCGGUAGGUGCCCCGCAGGUAGCCAAGCCGGGACGCAGAAAAAAGGCUCAUGGAUCAGGAAACAUCGGGAGUCUUGCGGAAUUCAUGAACGAGGAGCUUUCGAAGUCGAAGGCAAAUGAUAAGAACUACGACACAAAAACCGACGACGUCAACGGAGUCCCACCACCGCCUCCUAAAUCCGUGAAACGCUAGUCUACACGGUGUGUCUGCACACGUUUUCUUGGAUAGUUGCAUCUGAAUAAAGGAGCAUGCUUAUAAAAUAUUUACAUAAAACCCUUCAAUCAGUUUCCAAAAACUACCAGGACUUGAACCAUAUCCCUGAGUAUGCGGUAUGCUGUAGAAGAUUGUUAAUAGAUGAAUAUGCAAGCAACAAGAGAUGGA